AUGGCCCUGCUGUCCUCGCGUAGAUUGAAUCCCCAUACGCUGGUAGCAUCAACUUCAUUCAGUUGCCACCCAGAAGGAUGCACGAUGGUAGGUCCGUGGGUGUGGGCAUGGGUCUGGACGAAUAUCGUGGCGUGGACGAUAGGCCUCGCUGCUGCAUUGGUGAUCGGUGUUUUAUACACACGGGGCUCAGGCAGAUGCACGUCUACGAGGAGACUAGAUGGAAAAACUGCCAUUAUCACGGGAGCUUCAGCAGGUAUUGGCAAAGAAACAGCGAGGGACUUAGCAGGGCGUGGAGCUCGUGUUAUUCUCGCCUGCAGGAACGUUGACAAAGCACAGAAGGUUGCCAACGAGAUCAUCACCGACACCGGGAACCAGCAGGUGUAUGUGCGCCAUGUUGAUACGUCCGACCUGUCCUCCGUCAGGAAAUUUGCUUACGGCAUCCUCAGUUCCGAGAGCAGCCUGCACAUUCUGAUCAACAACGCGGGAAUACCAGGCUACACCACGAAGAAGUUGACUCCCGAGGGUCUAGAGUUGGCAAUGGCCACCAAUCACUUUGGUCACUUCCUUCUGACAAAUUUGCUCUUAGACCUCCUGAAGGCGAGCGCCCCCAGCCGCGUGGUCAACGUCACCUCCAACGCCCACUGGAUGUGUCAUAACCUGGACACCAACGACCUCAACUACAAAUGGAGGCCUUUCCCGGGUUGGCUUCCGUCCUACGGCCAGAGCAAAUUGUCGAACAUCCUCUUCACGCGAGAGCUUUGUCGAAGAGUUAGCGGGACAGGUGUUACAACAAACAGUGUUCACCCCGGUGUGGUUAACACGGAGAUCUUCGGGAAGGAGGGCUGGAAGAUUGUGAACUUGCCUGCUAUCCUAGCUGCCUGGAUCAUGGCCAAGGACGAGAAACUAGGAGCCCAACCUGUCAUCUACUUGGCGGUGUCUGAGGAAGUGGACAAUGUGUCUGGGAAGUAUUUCGUUGACUGCAAGGAAGCCCCUUCCUCCACACUGGCACAGGAUCCGAUAUUGGCGAGGCGCUUGUGGGAUGCCAGCGAGAAUUUAGUUGACCUUCAAUCUUAAGAAUUAGUCGACCUUCUACAAAAAAAUCGUCGUUAGUCAUUAAAAACAUGCUUAUUUGACAUUUAGAAAUCAGAAAAAAUGAGCGCACAGACCCGGUCAUAUCGAAAAAUUCUUACAUCCCUGUGUCUUUUCUCGUAGAGAUGACAAUCUCUAACUUAUAGAGACCUAGCCACAACACGCUAAGAUUUUUACACUUGCUUAAAGAUGAAAACAAGGUUAAAGUAUCCUUGUAUUCUAAGAACACAGACCACGGAAAAUAGGGUAAAUAUGAAAUACUUUGGUCUUCGAAGAAGCUCUCUUAUGUAAGACCCCUCGAUAUUUUUUCCUACAUAAAUGCAGACUAUGUUUACGUAAUUUGCAAUAUUCCAAUACAUAGAAAAUUGAAUAGGGAUAUUAUUUAUUUGUUAUAAAAUGUGAGAAAAUCUCACUCUAUGUAAAGAUUCACAUCUAUGUGUCAACAAU